AUGAAUUGGGGUCAAGAUGCUGCGUUAGCUGCUGCUGGUUUAGGUGCCUAUGAAUUGUAUCACCAUCAUCGAUAUGGUGACUUUGGUUUUGGUAAUCCUUAUAAUAAUGGUGGUAUGGGCGGCUUUGGACAAGGAUUCGGGGGCGGAUACGGGGGUAAUUAUGGUAGUGGCUUUGGUGGCGGGUAUGGUGGAUCACCUGGUUUUGGUGGUGGCGGUUUCGGUGGCCACCAUCAUCAUCAUCAUCAUUUCUUCUGA